GCGCCUCCACGAAGAAGCGUUCAAACCGUCGUUUGACGUUUGCCAUGGCAACGGAUUUUCGUUGUUUAUGGACGCCGGCGGCUUUGCUGACUUCUCGCAGUUGUAUCCCAUCAAGGAUGAGCGGCACAACACGCAGCGGCCUGGUGCCUACGCCCAAGCGACAGAUCAAAUUUGUCAAAAAGCGCAAAAAUCACCAUGCAGAUUCGCGCAUGCCGUUGAAAUUUGAGGCGCAGCCGAUGCCCCUUUCGCUGCGUCCUUUUGGUGGGCUAUUCAAUCCCUUUGCCAAAGGCUGUUCGGUGCUGUGCAAUCAUCCAGCGCCGCCGGCAGUGAAGGAUGUCAUCAACCAGCUGAAAACGUCGCUGGCCGUUGAGGGCAAGAGUCCAGGGAAAGCGGCAAAGGAGAAGCCGCUUGAGGAGCAACUGCAGCCGCAUGAGGCGGACAACAUACCAGAGGAUCUGUUUCGACGCUAUGCGGAAACCGAUUCCAGACCCAUGACGCCCUCACCAACUGUGACGAGCAUCCAUACGCGAACUAGCGCAGGGUCCUUCUAUCGACGUUGCAUUACGCCGGAGUGGGGCAAGCAUGAGAACAUUCAGCGCAAGAAGAUUAUAUUGGAUCUGCGGCGAUCGCAUUCGCAGGAGACGCUCUACUGGAAACCCAGCUCGGAGCUGACCCAAAGCGGCAUUGAGGAGGGUAAGAAACCAAAGAGUGCGGGCGCCAACGAGGAUAAGAAGGCCCGGCGACAACAGUCCAAUGAGCAACGACCCAAAUCCUCGCUGGCCACAGCCACACUAGCACCUGGCGAGGAUCAACACGCUGAAGUGGAGCCAAAGCCGCACAAGACUUGCAUCAACGAGCACGACAUAAGCGAUGAGGAUGCGCGACGAGGCAAAAAGCGGAAGAAGCUUAAGCCAACGCAGGCUACAACCACAUUUCAUCUAAGCGAGGAUCCGGAGACCCAGGUGGCUACCUUGGGACCCGAUUCCCUGAAUGCCAGCACCAGACCCAGCCUGAUACCCAACUCAGCAGGUCUGCUGGUCAAGGACAAGCGCGAGAUUGACCGGGAACCCAUUUUACUCAAAGGCAGUUUCCUAACCGACGAAGCCUUUCAGGCACUCAAAACGGAUCUUACAGUGGAUUUAAUUGAAAACACCUUUGGCAGAUAUCUCAAUCGAGCUCUACGAGAGGCCAUCAAGUACAUACCGAAGGCAGUGCACAAGCCGGCAGAAGAAGUGGACAAGACAGCUGUUAAUGCGAGCUCCAAAAUGCCACGCAAGUUCUCCAAAUCCGCCACGCGUUUCGAUGUACCCAUGGAUCUGUCCAUGCUCAAGACCAUGACACCUUUGCAUUACCUCAGCAAAUAUGUGUGGGUCUCGCAGCAGCGCAAGCAGCUCUAUAAACGCGUCUUUCUCAAGUACCUCAAUCGCUGCGAGGAGCCGGAAACGGAGCUGGCAUUGGGCAAUGAUGAUGCGCCUCUUAUUGAGUACAAGGAGCGCACAAUGGUGUGGCGCAGUUUGCCUCAGGCUUUGGAGGAUGUUUUAGAGUUUCAUGGCACUGAGAAAAACGUGAAAAAUACACUUAAGCAUUUGGCCUAUCGGCAGGAUGGCAGUGGAAACUUGGAUUUUCGAGCCUGGUGCGGAAUUGUCUCAUUUGCGGAGCGAUUGGCGUUGUCGAAUCCCGCGUGCAGCGACGAUGACUCGUGCGAUGAACUGGAGAAGGCUGACUUUAAUAGCAUGGAGCAGAUUAUUGAUCAGUUUGAAGUGCCCGCUCAUCUACGCGAAAUAUUCAAAAUUAUACGUAAAACACACAAGUUAAAGUAUUAAACACUUUUAAAUAGUUCGCACAAACACACGAGAUUUUAACACUGAAAUUGUCGAUAGGUUUUUCAAUAUUUGCCAUUCACCAAAUACGUCUA